UUUAAGAUUCCGCGGUAAUGUUUGGUUUUAAAUUUGUAUAAACCGAUUUGAUUUGUGUGCGCAGCAUUUAUUAUCCGAAUAGAAAUGCAUUAUAAUAAGAAUAAAGAUAAACCACAUCUAGCCUCGAGUUUGUCGUCUUCUUUUAUUGCUGCCUCCAAUGAUAAAAAGGAAAACAUACGACUGGGCAAACAGGCGCCGUCUGUAUACGCAGCCAAGAUAAAGACGAAAAUACACAAUACCUCAUCAUUCUUCAAGUGCUCUUUGAAAAGCAACAACAAGGCUCUGGCCCUGGCUCUGGUUGCCCAGAAGAAGAAGAGCAGGGAGCUGGAGGAAGAGGUGGUGCGGCUGAGGAAAGAUGCGCAGGCCACUAAUUUCGAUCUUGCUUAUCAGCGUCAUAAAAGCAAACAGUUGUUUUCCAUUAUACGAGAGUUUUAUGACUCUUCUCUUAACUGCAUGACAAAGGCUGUUGACAUUUUUAGUAAUGAUGAGGUUCCAGACAGUAUAGACACUGAACACAACACCAGUAAAGGAGAUACUGAACACAAUACCAGUAAUGGAAGGAGAACACAGUUUCAAAUGUUUGAAAUGGAAAAAGAGGUUGAGAAUUUGCCAGAUAGACCGUUGUGUCCACAGCAGGGCAGUGUUGUGUCUGUACCAGUGGAUACAGUUAAAGAUCCUACAGCCUGUGAAGUUCUCAGCCAAGAGAGAAACAGUCCAGCACAGCAAAACACUCUAUAUGACUCUGAAAUGGAGAUGACUGUAACUGACACUGCUGCUGAAAUUGUAACAGUUGACAUAAAUGCAAGAAGAACCUCUACAGAAGAACAUCAGGAAAAGAAGGAUUUGUGUCAUCCAGGAGAAGAUCGUGAGCAUGUAUCUGCAGAGGAAGACUUUCCAAUUAAAUCUAGUAGGUCAGAUUAUACAUCAGCUGUGCCAAAAGAGUUGACGACUGUGACACAGCAGUGCUCUCCCACUGUUCAGAACGAGUUGGUGAAUGAGCAUGAAACGGAAUCAAUAACUGCACGCAGGAAGACUCACGUCACCUCUCGUUGCACUAAAAGUAGCAGGCGCGCAUGUAAACGGAAAGAACCAAACCCUGAUCCAAGGAAAAUUGACCUUAUCUCCCAAGAUCCUUCUAAUGAAAUUUUUAAUGAUUGUUUCAGUGAUCUUGAUCUUCAGAAUUCUGAAAAAAGAAAUACAGUGUCUUUAGAUGGAAAUAUUUCAAGUAAAGCUGCUCAAAACAAAGCAAAAGAGUCUCAUGCUACCCAGGAACCUAGGAGAACAUUUAUAGUUCUAGAUGAGCUAAGAUCUCAGAAGAGCAGGAGGACCAAAGUCUCAUCCCUGAUGAUGGAUCACAGUACAUUGAAUGUGCAUGAAACUGUUGAGUCUGCUGGGACUGUAUGGCCAGAAACUGCUGGUACUGAUGUGCAUGCAAGUCAGAGUGCAGUUCAAGUUCAAAAACAUAAAAACAAAACUCUGGCACAAAAAAACAGAGGAACAUUUGUGAUACAGCCAAGUAAAUCAUUCAACAGUCCAGAAGUAUCACAGGAGGUUGUACCAGGAACCGAAAUGACAGCUCAAGAUAUUAGUUUAGAUAAUAUUGCACAACAGCACACGGAGCCUGAGAAUAUUUCUUAUGAGAAAUUGAAGGAAAACAUCUAUCAUCCAGAAUGUACACUAGAUGUGCAUAUCAGCUCUAUACAGGAAGCCUCUGAAUUUCCAUCAUCAGUUCCCGGUAAAGCUAAGAAACACAGAAAAGAGGGGGCAAAUAAAAUAAAAAAAUGGAAUGCUACAGGAAAAGAAAAAUCCAAAGCAUUAACAAAGAAACAAAACAGUUGUGCUGUGAGUAUGGAUAAAAAUGUGUCGACUGAAAAGCAAGAUGUGAUUGAUCUUCAGAAUGGAGCAGGAUACAGGUCUUUAUCUAAUACUUUACAACUAACAAGGAUAUCUCAUUGCUCAGAGGUGGACCUCAGGGAUGAACAUAAUGCAGAAACUCCUGAAAUACGCUGCCCUUCCUCUGUUGACAAGCUUGAUCAGGCUGACCAUAUGAAUAUGGAUGCUCUUAACAUAGAUCUGGACCAAACCAACAAAGCUCAUGAGAGCAGGUGCAGAAAAACCUAUGUAAUUUCGUCUUCUCAUGAAUCUACAAAUACAGAAAUCACUGACCUUGGUGCUUCCAGCAGAACAUCAUCUUCUGAACAUCAUCAUCUCACAAAUGAAACGGAUGAUGUUUCACCUGUCAUGAACUCAAGCAUGUUAAUCAUAGAAACAUGUAAUGCAACUUCAGGCCGUUUCAGUGAACACACAAAAGACCUUCAGCUCACAGAGGAGAGGCCUCCAUGGGAGACCAUAGAUGGUUACGCUGAAAUGCUCUCAGUCGAAAGCUCUGCCCACAGCCCUCAACCAGAGGCCCGCUCUCAAACUAUGAACAUUUACCAGGACCAGGAUUCGGAAUUGAGGCACCAAACUCCAGAAGAUAGCAGGGUUAUGAAGAGUCUAACAAAUACAGACGUUAACUCUAUAGGCAGAACUCGAAGAAGAGCAGCACCAGUCUCCUACAGAGAGCCAACUCUCAAUUGCAAAAUGAGGCGUGGGGACAAGUACUCUGAUACAAAAUUCUUAAACUCUCCGGUGUUCAAAGAUAAGAAGCAGAAGAAGAAGAAACAAACCUAGGAGUGAAUUUCCCAUUGAUUGAUUUCAGUCUUUUAUUUAAUCUUCAUUUUUGCUAUUUUGUUUUAUUGACUUUUUAUGC